GGGUGCGGCCCCGCGGGGCGCGCUCGGCCCCCGAAGUGCGGGCCUUUGUAAACGCGCCCUCCCCGCGCGCGGUUUGUUGCGGAGAGGCUUGCAGGGUCGGGAUGUUGGGGGUGCGCGCGGUCCAGGAGCAGAGGCGCCCGGAGCAGAGCGCGGCGGGCCCGUCUCCCGCACGCUUUGUGCUGGGGCUGGACGUGGGCAGUUCGGUGAUCCGCUGCCACGUCUAUGACCACGCGACGCUGAUUCGCGGCUCCAGCGUGCAGAAGAUAGAAAAUCUUUAUCCUCAAGCUGGCUGGGUUGAAAUUGAUCCCGAUGUUCUCUGGCUUCAGUUUGUAACUGUAAUAAAGGAAUCUGUUAAAGCUGCAGGAAUAGAGAUGAAUCAAAUUGUUGGUCUUGGCAUUUCAACACAGAGAGCAACUUUUAUUACGUGGAACAAGAAAACAGGAAAUCAUUUUCACAACUUCAUUAGUUGGCAAGACCUGAGAGCUGUUGAACUUAUAAAAUCUUGGAAUAAUUCCCUCAUAAUGAAGCUAUUCCAGAGUUCCUGCCGAGUGCUGCACUUUUUCACUAGAAGUAAACGAUUUUUAGCCGUCAGUUUGUUCAGUUUCACAAACCAGCAUGUUUCUUUGAGACUGGCCUGGAUUUUACAGAACCUGGUUGAGGUGCAAAAGGCAAUUGAAGAAGAUAAUUGCUGCUUUGGGACUAUUGAUACCUGGUUGUUACAUAAGCUCACAAAAGGUUCUGUAUUUGCCACGGAUUUUUCAAAUGCCAGCGCAACUGGACUAUUUGACCCUUUUAAGAUGCGUUGGAACCGGCUCCUUACUUCCAUGCUUUCGAUACCACUGUUUAUCCUGCCUCCAGUGAGGGAUACGAGCCACAAUUUUGGAUCAGUGGAUGAAGAGUUAUUUGGUGUGCCUAUACCAAUAGUGGCCUUGGUCGCCGAUCAGCAGUCAGCCAUGUUUGGAGAGUGCUGCUUCCACAUAGGAGACGUGAAACUAACCAUGGGAACUGGGACAUUUUUGGAUAUUAAUACUGGAAAUAGCCUUCAGCAUACUAUUGGAGGCUUUUAUCCACUAAUUGGGUGGAAGAUUGGCCAAGAAGUUGUAUGCUUAGCUGAAAGCAAUGCAGGAGACACUGGUACUAUCAUCAAAUGGGCUCAAGAAUUAGAUCUUUUCACAGAUGCUGCUGAGACUGAAAAAAUGGCCAAAAGUUUAGAAGAUUCUGAAGGAGUCUGUUUUGUUCCAUCUUUUAGUGGAUUGCAGGCUCCAUUAAAUGACCCCUGUGCAUGUGCCUCUUUUAUGGGUUUGAAGGCUUCCACCAAUAAAUACCAUCUCGUACGAGCAAUAUUGGAGUCAAUAGCUUUCAGAAACAAACAGUUAUAUGAGUUGAUGCAGAAAGAGAUCCAUAUCCCUGUGACAAAAGUCCGGGCAGAUGGAGGAGUUUGUAAGAACAAUUUUGUUAUGCAGAUGACUUCAGACCUGAUUAAUGUGAAUAUAGAGAGACCCAUCAACUUAGACAUGUCCUGCCUUGGUGCAGCUUUUCUAGCUGGCCUUGCUGUUGGGUUUUGGACUGACAAGGAGGAACUAAAGAAACUGAGGCAAAGUGAAGUGGUUUUCAAGCCACAAAAGAAAUGGCAAGAAUAUGAAAUGAGUAUGGAAAACUGGGUCAAAGCAGUGAAACGCUCCAUGAAUUGGUAUAACAAGAUGUAGCUCUAACUGGAACGACUGAAACCAUAUACGGCUAGUUGAUACGACACGCAGAUGAGACACAGCUCAGGGAUAAUAACCAAUACGACAAUGAGAAGAUUUCAGAUGAGCUCUGCAACCUGAGAGAAAAAACAUUGCUUUUUUGAAUACGAAACAAAACAAAAAAUCCCUCAUUUUAAAAUCUAAACCUUGGUAAGAUUGUAAGGCAACAGUACCUCAAAACUUUGUAUCUUCUGUUUUGUAGCAAAUUCCAAAGGACGUUCGCCAUUUCCAGCCAUAUUUUGACAGCUGUGGGUCUUCCUCCUUUUUAUACUCGGUCAGCGAUACAUACGAACGUAAUUGUUUACUAUCUGAGUUAAUAGUUCUGGGUCAAGCAUCAUUCAUGUUUUGUUCCAAAAUUAACAAGUGUUCCUUUAAUUCUUUAAAAUUAAAUGGGCUAUAUGAAGUUCACAUAGCUAGAAAGAAAGACUCACUGAGGAAAUGUGGAAUUUUGCAACAUUAAUAUUUUAUAUUUAAAGCCAUAAUUGUUCAAUACUAUAUCCAAAUAUGAGCUCGAUAUAGGCUCACAUAGGCUUAUUGUUAGUCAUUUCUUUCCUUUAUUGGGCUUAAAGACACUGCCUUAGUUUUUCCUUGUUUUCACUAAAAUCUGAGCAUUCUUUUUGUAUUGAAAAAAUAACUUUAGUGAAUGAAACUACAGAGGGUAAUGAUUCAUAAGGAAAAAGAAAAUAUUUUCUUUCUCAAAUAUUUGAAAGAAAAGGAUUUCUUUCAAAAACUUCUGGCUAGAGUGUAACAUCCCAUUUUUUACAAAAUGCGGGUAGUGGAUACAAAUCUUGCUUUGCUCUUCCUGUUCUUUAUCUUUGUUGUUGAAGUGCUUGCAUAAAUAUCUUUUGCUUUUAUUAAGUGCCUAAUUGACAGAGCUUAAUUUGAAGAAAGUGCCCUAAUUCAUUGGUGACAUAAGAAUUGUCUUCAUUGGGGUAUUUCACUUAUCCAGGUAUCUUUUACUUCCGUUCAAUCUAUUCAUUUCUGUGAGAUAGGAGCAGUGGGUAGCUGACAGAGGUAAUGGGAGUGUAUUCAUGCAAAUGAUUGCCCUACAGUUACUGGGCCAGAGCUCCACAGAGAGGAGCAGGGACAGUUCCACAUUCUCAGACUUUCUUGAUAGAAACAAAUGUAAAAGAAUCAAGAGUUGUGAGUAGCUUCAGGCCCCAUGUAAAACUGUCCUAUGGCAGUAGACUACCCUCCAGCUUGUUCUUAUGUUAUUUGCCCCUCCCUCCUCCACUUGGGCUAGGUUCCAUUUCAAUUUGUAGCAAUAAUGAAUUUAUUUCCCUCUUAGUUGGGCUUUUUUAUAUAAAGGCCUACUGUUACAGAGCUAGUUGUUAAGUGCUAAUGUAACUUCAAAAGUGACUGUUACAGGGAAUUUUGUUGUUGCCAUCAUAUAUGUCCAUUUCAGUGACAGAUAUGAUAGAACUAGGUGUCACACUGCAUUUCUACAAAUUGCAUUUCAGUGAACUUUGUCUUCUUGAAGUAUUAAAGUUUUUGAUAGAAUCAUAAUAGCCAAUAUAUAGUAUCAUUAACUCCAUUAAUUAAGAUUUGGAAAUAUUUUUGUGAAGUGGAGGUAUUUUGUUUACUGUAAAAAGUCAGAUUCCAUUAUGUAGAUAAUAUUCUUCUUUUUAUUCUUUUCAUUUUUCUUAUGGCCCUUUUACAAAGCUUAGUGACCAAUUAUAGGCCGUUUUAUCAAAAUCAGAUCACACGCAAGCUGCUCCAUUGUUUUACUGUUUCUUACAGAUUCUGCUUCUCAGUGGGUAUAAUUUCAUAGUAAAGAACUGUCUCUUUGUGUUAGGAUAUACUGAAUUGUAAUAUUAUUAAUACUUAAGAAUUUGUUAGCUCAUUUCUUUUUCAUAUUCUCUCUCAUCAUCAACCACAAAAUAAAGGAUAAAUACCUUUUAGAUAAUGUGAAAAAGUAAUUGUGAACAUGUCUCAUCGGAAUUGAGCAUCUCCUCAAAAAUCAGUGGCUAAUUUUUUCUUCUGUUAGUCUAGAAUUAAUCUUUUAUUUUUACUACAUCUGGCUGUUUUUUAGUGACACAAUUUAGUAGAUCUUUUGCCAUAUUUGACCUAAGUCAGAAACGUGACCACAUUUGCUUUUGUGGUUGUAGAAACAGUUGACAUUCAAAAUCAGUUGA